AUAAAAACACACCUACAAACAGACAGAAACCAAUCGGAGACGAAACACCGAUAAAGUCCCAAAACACAGCUGUCGGAGGUGUGACCUAUUAUAUCAUCGGAGCUGCAGCUCUCCGAUCGCCCCACUCUCACGACGAUCUAACGCAAUCGUCGUUUGGCGAAGAAGUAAUUGCUGCUAGAAAUGGGAUCGUUGCAAGAUAGUUUGGAUAAGUUUAAGAAGCAACAAGAAAAAUGUGCGUCGACGCUUAAGAGCAUUGCGGGUUCUAAACCGCCCACUAAACCAACGACAAACCCUUCUCAUAGAGCUGUUCCUGCUAGCACGUUGACGAAAGCACCGGUUGCUGCAGUUAAAUUCUCUAAUGAUACAGAGAGGUUGCAACAUAUUAAUAAUAUACGGAAGAGCCCUGUUGGAGCUCAGAUCAAAAGAGUGAUUGAUCUUCUGUUUGAGUCAAGGCAGUCCUUCACAGCUGAGCAGAUAAAUGAAGCAAGUUAUGUUGAUGUCAACGGCAAUAAGGCCGUGUUCGAGAGUUUGAGAAAGAACCCAAAAGUUAAUUAUCAGGAUAAACGCUUCUCUUACAAGUCGAAGCAUAGUGUGAGAAACCAAAAGGAACUUCUCCAUUUAGUACGGGCAUUUCCUGAGGGUAUUGCUGUUGCUGAUCUUAAGGAUGCCUACCCAACUGUCAUGGAAGAUUUACAGGCACUGAAAGCUGCUCGGCAAAUAUGGCUUCUGUCAAAUUUCGACUCUCAGGAAGAUAUAGCCUACCCAAACGAUCCUAGAGUCCCUAUCAAGGUUGAUGAUGAAUUAAAACAACUAUUUAGGGCAAUUGAAUUGCCACGAGACAUGCUGGAUAUUGAGCGGGACUUGCAGAAAAAUGGGAUGAAGCCUGCCACAAACACCGCUAAAAGGAGAGUAAUGGCUCAGAAUGGUAAUAUAUCACAUCAGCCAAAACAGAAGAAGAAGAAGAAGACUGAGAUUAGUAAAAGGACAAAGCUCACUAAUGCUCAUCUUCCCGAGCUCUUCAAAAACCUUACUGGCUGAGUUCACUUGUUGUAUGUUUGGACUACUAAGAAUACAAAUGGUUUAUUAUCAAUAUGAUAGUUUUGUAAUUUACAACUCAAUGCCCGAUGAAAUGCUAUAAAAAAGUUUCUGUAUAAUGUAUCAGUAGGCUUUUUACGCUCGGUGAUCGAGGUAGAAAUGUUUGAAAAUGGAACAAUAUAUAUUUUUUUCUUUCCAGAGUGAAACACCUAUGCUUUCUUUCCCAGGAGUUCAAA